AAGGACAGCUGUGUGUGGGGGGUCCUUUCUCUCCGGUCGGGUUUCAAACGGCUUCAUUACCGCCUCUAUUCGCGCACUCGUUAGGGUACAUCAUAAUGAGGUUCUGCGUCUUAUAUAGUGCCCUAAAUAUGUGGGAAUUGUCGCAUUGGAAAUCACCGGGACGUUAAGUAACAAUUCUAUUCAUUUUGUAUAGGGAUGUUUAUAUAUUAUUUAUAAGUGUUGUUUAUCAAGCACGUGCGCUGGCAAAUUCAUAAUUAAUCACUUAUUAUUUUUUCACUAUAUCGUAGUUUAAAAACUUUUAAAUGUCCCCCUAGUUGCUGCCAUGUCCCCUUUGCCCCACAUUUUCUGAAAGGGGGAAGCUGUUUAUCUGUCACCGGCUCUGUGUGUGUGUGUGUGUCUGUGUGUGUGUUCAGCACUCGAUACAAAUUAAUCCUAAUUAUACACAUUAAUAACAUUGUUAAUAAUGCGGUUAUUCCACUCGGAGCUGUGGGGAGUGUGUGUGGAGUUGAUCACCUCUACACCCUGUACUGUAGUUUUAGGCGCAGUUACAGUUUCACUUUUGUACCUGUUCGGCAGCAGCAAAGCUCAGGUGCCAGUGUUGUUGUGUGCUGAUGGAUUGCGGGCGUUCUUACACACCCACUGCCCCGUUGUUUUGGAGAAGUUUUGCCCUACGCCCUGGUGCUGGGGCGGCCGAGUGCAGACGCUCGUACGUGUCUUCAUCAAGUCCUGCCCUGCUGUCACGUAUCGCAAUGAGAUGAUCAGAACAGGUGAUGGCGGUCAGCUCUCUCUAGACUGGGCAGAUAACCCAGAUAGCGCAAACUACCCACAAUCCUCCUCUCGUCCUACGGUGCUAAUCCUGCCCGGGCUGACAGGAAACAGCCAGCAGACAUAUGUCCUGCACAUGGUCCAGCAAGCCGUACGACAUGGAUACAGGUGUGUGGUGAUGAACAACCGGGGUUUCGGAGGAGAAGAGUUGCUGACACCUCUUACGUUCUGUGCUGCUAAUACUCAAGAUGUGGAAACGGCUGUCAAUCACGUGAAAGAGCUUUACCCACAAGCCCCUCUGCUCGGAGCUGGGGUGUCUCUUGGGGGGAUGCUGUUGCUGAAUUAUCUGGCACGUAAAGGCCGUGACUCGAGGAUGAUCGCCGGUCUCACCCUGUCCGUGAGCUGGAACUCGUUCGAAUCAUCCAAAUCGCUGGAGCAGCCAAUCAACAAGCUGCUUUUUAAUCGCCACCUCACCAGUAACCUGUGCCACGCCAUCAGCAGACACAGAAAGAUCCUGGAGAAGGUGAUAGACAUAGACCACGUGUUAAAGGCUCGUACCAUUCGGGAGUUUGAUGAGCGCUUCACGUCUGUGAUGUUCGGCUACAAGUCAUGCAGUGAUUAUUAUCAAGACGCCAGUCCGGGUUACAAACUGCCCCAGAUGGCUGUCCCUGUGCUGUGCCUCAACGCCGCUGAUGAUCCCUUCUCCCCAGAACAUGCCUUCCCAGUAGCUCAGGCUCAGCGCUCGCCGAACGUGGCUCUCUUGGUGACAUCACACGGAGGACACAUCGGCUUCCUCGAGGGUCUUUUCCCGCACGGCGAAGGUUACAUGGAUCGAGUGUUCAGUCAGUUCGUCCGAGCCGCAUUCGAGCACCAGGAGGACCUGAAGGAAGCCUGCAGCAGCAACAGCAGCAGUGACAAGUAGCACAAACAUCACAGCAGCUCUCAUUCACAUAGGAUUUAAUUAACCAUCAGUAUACCUCUCUGGUUUAGAUUUCAGGUAACAAAACCUCAAUAGAGGGAAGUUUCACUUAAAUGCUCUUCAAUGAAGGUCACUCAGAGGUGAUAUCUUAAUUUAAAAGUUUGUUAUUAAUAUAAAUCUAAAUUUAGACAGAAAAAUAAACAUGCACAAUAUUUUUAUUUAUUUACCCCAUAAGGCGUUUUAAUGUCCAAAAUCUGCAUCUUUUUAUUUUCAUAUAAAUUUAUAUGUUGCACGGCUUUUAUUUUUUUCCCCAGUCGACCAGUAAUACAAAAAAAGUCAAAUAAUCAUCUUGAAAAUAAAUAAAUAAAUGAAUAAAUAAAUAAAUAAAUAAAUGAAUAAAAAAUUCGACAGUUUUAUAAAGUUUGCUAAAUUCCGAUACCAGCAAAGAACACAACUUCAAUUAGCAUUUUUUUUUCUUUCCCCCAAUGCUGCACAGUUAAUAAAAGCAAAAUAAUGAAUUCAUCCAGUUCUUCUUAAGAAUUCGUCCAAAUCAAUUUUCAGAAAAUCUAGACCAGAGCUAUUUUUACCUCUUAGCCGAACAUUCCAGCAUAUCUGUGAUGAAGCACAAGCAUGAACAUGUUUUUAGGUGAAAUUUCCCUGUAGUAUUAGUAAGUAGACUAGAUAGGAAUAGAAACAAUUUUUUACAUUUAUUCUAAAUAUAACAAUAAUUGGCAAUCGUUAUUGUCCUUUAUUUAUCCCUUCAUGUCAGUAUAUCAGAAAGAUUUUUUUUAUUUUUAUUUUUAAAUGAAAUGAUGAUGAAUGUUCUCAUCCAGUACUUGAAACUAUCGCAUCAACCUUUCCAAUCUGGAAAAACUUGACAAGGCUGAUUUAAACCUUUUAUGUCCAUCGUUAUUAAACAUGGGUUAUUAUAACACGUGCAAUUUUGCACUCUGUGAAAAGAGGAAAGGAAUUUAUACAUGGCUUAAAUUCAACAGUUAUUUUAAACUGUUUAUUUAUGCAAAUCUGAUCAUAGCACUGUCAAAUGCAAUCAGAACAAUCGUAUAAAAUAAUAAUAAUAAUAAUAAUAAUAAUAAUAAUAAUAAUGUAGAAUAUUCUUUCAUUUGCAUGAAGGUUUAAUUUUUGGAUUAAUUUAUAUGCUGAAUAUAUUCAUAGAUUUUCUUAGAAAUCUGACAGAUUUCUGAAUGCCUAUUAUUAUUAUUAUUAUUAUUAUUAUUAUUAUUAUUAUUAUUAUUAUUAUUAUCCAAUCAUUUAUGGUGGUCUUAUUAUUGUGGGUUUAAAAAUCUUGUUUUUAAUUUUUCAUAUCAAGAUUUUUAAAUGUUUGAUAUCCUGUACCAUGAUAUUAUAUGUGUUUUAUUUUUUAUUUUUUUAAUUAUUAUUUCCGUUGUCUCAAUGCUGUGCCUCUGAACCAGACAGACCUCUAUAGCACCCGCAGUGCUACAAACCACACAAAAUCGAGCUUGUUGCAAAAGUUUUGGCACCCCCAUGCACUGUUCUGCUGUCUUGCGAUGCCACUUGUCAGGCAGUUUCCGCUAUCGAGCUGUCACUGCCUCCUGCAUUAGCAAAGCACAUGGCCUCAUAUUUGAGUGUGUAGGGAUCAAGAUAACAAGGGCAACCAACCAACCGGAUUGUUAUUAUGCUCAGCUUUUCUAGUCAGCACACAGUGUUGCUAUUUGGGCUAAAAUGAACAAAUGUUUGCGGGUGAUUUGAUGAUUUAUAGAGCCAUUUAGCUUGAAAAAAAAGAAGGUAUUUUAAUCAAUCUCAUGUUGACAAAUUGAAAAUUGUGCUUCUAAAUGAGAUUAAUAUAAAUUUUUAAACAUAGUAUUACAUGAUACACAAAAUGCUCUUAAUGAUGUUUCACUUUCAAACUGACCUUCUCAUUUAAUAUUACAAUACAGUGGAACCUGGGCAUACGAAUGAUCUCACUUACAAAUUUUCCCCAUAAGAUUGAAAUUUUGCAAGAAAUUUGCAUCGGUAUAUGAACAAACCGAAGGUUUGCGCGUACGUCCAGGUGCCGUUCAUAACUUAGCGUCUGUGGAAAGCCAGGCAAAGCCAACCCGAACCGAGUUUACGAAUUUUUAUCAGUCAGCAAAAGCUAUUUGGAAAGAGUCAACCCACGAUACCAACCCUGCCUUCAGCAUGCGUUCAAAAGCGAAGUGAUUUUUCGGGCGUUUUUUUGUUUACAGAUUAGUGGCGUGAGUGGUCUGUUCUAUUUUUAGCCCAAGCUUGGUGGCACGACUUCCUGUGAGGACCCUCCACAUGGAAUGCUUGGCUUGGGUCAGUUCUGUGUGUUUGUAAGCAACCAUACAGUUUCCAUACGCUUCGUAUUUAGUCAUAUUUUGGGGUGGCUGGAACAGAUUAUCUGCAUUUACAUUAUUUCUUAUGAGAAAAUUCAUUUCAAUACAAAUUCUCACCUAAAGACCAAUUAAAUUUGUAUGCCGAGGUUCUACUGCAUUACUGAUUAUCUUCUUCGCAUUGAUCUUCAGGAAAACUUAGCGUUGAUCAUGUGACUUGUAGAGUGAUCCAAAUAUUUUAUAGGGUUGAAGUAACCAGGAUGAGUUCCUGAACUAUAUAAUGGAUGAAUCAUAACAAGAUAUUAAAUUGAUUUACGCUUCAGUUUAAAACUACUAGGAUGUUUUCAAGCUCUUUAUAAGCUAUUUAUGUACAUAAACAUUUAUGAAGGAGACCUUCCCUGUCUUCAAAAUGCUUUUAAGCUUUACUUAACAAACAUAUUUGUAAAUGUAUUAUCAGGAGGAAUCAUGUAUGAAUCAUGGAAUCACCCGAAUAUUGAUUCAUUGGUUGGUUCAUUGCACUACUAUAAAAGAGGCCAUGAAUAUUAAAGCACUUAAUUGUCUUUGUACAGGCUACAGCUUAGUGUUUAUUUGUUUAUCAGACUGAUUUAUUAAGUAUGUUUUUGGCGGAAAUCAUUUUUUUUCCUGUGUUCAUGCUGUUAAUGUUGCAGUAUAUCAGCACUGAUGUGUGAAUUGAAGUAGAAGUGUCAAAUUGAGCCAUUUACUCUCUGGUCCUGAGUCAUUUGUUUCCUGUGAACUGGCUGAUCUGGAGUCAGCCAUCAAACCCCGAGCUCUACAGACAAAAUGAUGCACUAACCUUCUAUAGUUUGUCGUCUUGGUUUGUUUAUAUCUGUGACCACUUACAGUUCCUUAACAGUAUCUGGACAGUUAAAAAUACUCAUACAGUAUAGAGUUAUUUUUAGAUAUUCUGAACUCGAACAAGCAGUGACCAUACCAAAUAACUGUGCUGACAUCGGGCCAAGUGGAAGAGUCGAAGCUAACGGUGUGUGUUUGACAACCAGGUGCUUAUAAUGCACAUGAACAUUCUCUUGAUGUUUAGAGAUUUAUAUUUACACUUGUAUGCUGUGCCAUACACACUGUGUUGGUAUAUAAAGCCUUCCACUCUUGCCUUGGUCUUUUUAUAAAAUCUCACCAAGUUUUAAUAUAGUCCAGUGUUCAUAGUGCACUGAAGUCUAAUACUGAAGCAUCAAUAAAUUGCUUAAAGCAGA